GUUGCAGAUUUGCAACCAUUCCAGAAUGCCUUAGUUAAUGAUUUGUGAAAGAAAGAUCUUUAUUUGAUGGCUUCUAGUGCUAGGCUGUUUCUCAAAUCAUAGACACAAAGGGUCAUUUCCAUCUUGCAACAAGCAUCAGAGGAUUAUCUUAAUGCUACUAACCCAAGUCUAUGUUGACUACCAUAUUGCCUUGAAAGAUGGAGGCUAGACCAAAUGACUUUUUCCAAUCCAUCCAGGUGCCAGGAUUUUGUGAAAGGGGUUACCAUCUUGGCAGACACUGAUUGGGACAGCCCCAUUAUAAGGGAAAUCUGCUAGUGGCUUACAUUGGGAAAAGGAAGUCUACUCUACCCACGUGGAAUUCUUACUGCAAGUCCAGAGUUCUAGAAAGCAUAAGGAAAUAUAAGAGGGAGAAGGAACCAGUCUCCUGUACAUUAAGGGAAAAUAAGGUCAAUUAUUUCCUAUCUCCAUUGCACCCAUGAGAAGUAGAGGCUUUUACUCCUCAAUUCUGUAACUUGGGAACCAAACCACAGAGGAAAGAAGUGACUUGUCUAUCUAUAUCCAAUGAGCCAGAGCCAAAAAUUGGAGCCAGUUCUCCUAACUCCUACCCUACCCUCUUGCUCCUCCUCUACAUCCCAACUACAGAGUUCAGAGUUGAACUCCCCCCACACAAGGAAACUGGACGUCUGCUGGUGAUCUCUGGGGAUCAUAUUUUUAGGAGCAGAAAGGGAGAGAGAAAGGCAGGCCUGCUACUCUGGAAAAACUGGCAGACCUCAUGAUAAUUUAGCCUGCUUAGUGAAGGUCAUCAUCAAGGAUCACGAAAAAAAAAAGUUUCUGAUCAAUUCUUGAUCUCUUUGAAUAUAGGCCUCAAAGCUGGCUGAGUAGCUGGCUACCUACUUGGUGUCCUACUUCAAUGUCUCAGCUGAAGAAUGUGGAGUCCAGGAUCUUACAGUGUCUCCAGAAUAAGUUCUUGGCCCGCUAUGUGUCCCUCCCGAAUCAUAACAAGAUCUGGACCGUUACAGUGAGCCCAGAGUUGGAGGACCGCACGCCCUUGGUGAUGGUGCAUGGCUUUGGGGGUGGUGUGGGUCUCUGGAUCCUAAACAUGGACUCACUGAGUACUCGGCGCACAGUGCACACCUUCGACUUGCUGGGCUUUGGGAGAAGCUCAAGGCCAAUCUUUCCCCGGGAUGCCCAAGGUGCCGAGGAUGAGUUUGUGGCCUCUAUCGAGACCUGGAGGGAGACUAUGGGUAUCCACAAAAUGAUCCUCCUGGGGCACAGCUUAGGAGGAUUCCUCGCAACAUCUUACUCUAUCAAGUAUCCUGAAAGAGUCAGACACCUCAUCCUGGUGGACCCAUGGGGUUUCCCGCUUCGACCGACUGACCCCAGCGAAAUCCGGACACCCCCAACCUGGGUGAAGGCUGUUGCCUCUGUCCUGGGUCGUUCCAAUCCUUUAGCUGUCUUACGGGUGGCUGGACCCUGGGGGCCUGGCCUGGUGCAGCGAUUCCGUCCGGACUUUAAGCAAAAAUUUGCUGAUUUCUUUGAUGAUGACACAAUAUCAGAGUAUAUCUACCACUGUAAUGCCCAGCAUCCCAGUGGUGAGACAGCAUUCAAAGCUAUGAUGGAAUCCUUCGGUUGGGCCCGGCGCCCCAUGCUGGAGCGAAUCCACCUAAUUCGGAAAGAUGUGCCUAUCACCAUGAUCUAUGGAGCCAAUACCUGGAUAGACACCAGCACUGGAGAGAAAGUAAAACUUAGAAGGCCAGGCUCCUAUGUGCGAGAUGUGGCUAUUGAGGGUGCCUCACACCACGUCUAUGCGGACCAACCACACAUCUUCAAUUCUGUGGUGGAAGAGAUCUGUGAGUCAGUCGACUGAGCUUGCCACCCUUGGAGGAAGGAGGAAAAGAGCACCAAGACUCAGCCCUCGUCUCCCUCUCUCCUUACCCUCACUAACCACUAUGUCGCCUAGGCAGAGUCAUAUUCUUCUUAGGGGUGGGGCAGGACAAUGACGAUGAAGAGCCCCUCCUGUCCACAUCCUGGAGAUGAGGGGCAGUAGCGGCCUGGAGUUCCCCACCCUAGGGAUUUCCACAAAGGAUCUUAGAUCCCAUCCCGUUCUCAUGCCAAAGUGUUAGCAAUGAGUUGGUUUUUAAGUGUUAUAUAAACCCAGAGAUGUCUUCAUGUAUUCUGCUCUCUCUAUUCAUAAUGUGCCAAGGGAUGGGGGGGCGCCUCCUCAUCUGGAGAAACUGGGGAGGUGGGGAAUUCCCCACAAGGCCCGACCGAAUCCUUAAGAGAUUAUCCACCUUAGUCUCAUCUUACCCCAGAGGAAAUGAAGGCCUAAAGGUCAGCGGCAAAGCUGACACUUGAUGCCACACGCCACCUCCAGAUUUGGUAUUCUUGGAGAACUGAGCCACUCCAGCUGCCAUCUACAUGGCUCUCUGGCUUACAACUCCAUACUCCCACCUGGGACGAGCAGCCAUCCCUCCUCCUGGGUUCACCUUAGCUUCGGCUGAUGUUAAACCAUAGCUUAAGCCCAGUGUUGUGCUGCCCCCUCCUGACUAUUCACUGGGAGGCCAUAGAGUCUCCCUUUGUGCCUUGGGCAGUGAAGCCCCUCCUGGAUAAGGGUGAUCCCUGCUGGAGAUGAGGGCAAUGAUUUCACCUCUUCUCCAUUGCUGGUAUGAAGAGAACCUCGUCACCAGCUAUGAGCCCACACCUGUCCUCUGCUCAGAGAUUGAUCCUCAGCCACAGCCUUGGUCAUCAUGGCCUGCUCAGUGCUGCUGCUGAUCUAGCGGCUUCCCGGGUCCGAGGGGCAUUGCUGUAAGUCCUCUCCUGCGUGGUAGGUGAUGUUGACAAGACGGGCACCUAAUCCAAAGUAUUUUCCAUCUAUCCAACCACACUUUUUUUUUAACCAGGUAUUUCAACAAUAUUAGUACCCAGUGCUUUAUACCAGCCCACUUACCUUGGAGUCCUUUUCUAUAUUAAUAAAGAAAUGAAAAUGCUUCAA